AUGGCGCUUCAGCCGUACGCGCCGAUCGGCGCAAUGGCGACGGGCAACUCCGCGGGAGUUCCCGACGUUUACGUGCCAAUCUUUGCAGCCGACGAGCAAGAGGAGGUUGCGAAGCGCAUCUCGCGCUUCGGACCUGCCAGCAUCAAGCGCGUGGCGCUGGGGCUGUACCACACGCUCGUUGUCGGCUUGAAGGGCGAGCAGCCGCAGCUGCUGGUGUGGGGGAAGAACUACAACAACGUUCUGGGCUUGGGCGUGGACGUCCGCGAGCGGGUGUUCCCCGGCGUGGUGCCCUUCUUCAGCAAGGAGGGCGUCUUCGAGGUGAGCUGCGGAACGAACAAUUCGGCGGUGCUGGUGAAGCGCGCGCAGCAGUCUGGCGGGAAGGUCUACACCUUUGGACUCGGCAACCGCGGGCGCCUGGGCUACCCCAAGAGCAAGAGUGAGGCUGCGGCGAUUCGCCAGCAGAGCGGCGACGACAAGCAGGAGGAUGGACCGUCCUGGUUCACGCCCAAACCCGUGCGCGUGCGCUUCCGCGACAAAUGCCGCAUCGCCAGAAUCUCCUGCGGAGCGGACCACACUCUCGCCUUGUCAGACGGCGGCACGCUCUACGCGUGGGGCGUCGGCGCCUACGGAAACCUCGGGCAAGGCGACACUGCGGACUCCUACACGCCCGUUCGAGUCGUCCUCGGCUCUGACAAGGCAAAGAAAAAAGAUAACCGACUGUUUGGCAAUGCCGCCUCGCAACCCGUGACCGUCACCUGCUGCGCCGCGGGAGCCAAGCACAGCUUGGCGUGCACCAGCGACGGCACUCUCUGGACGUGGGGAUACGGCGGAAACGGGCGUCUAGGCCUCGGCCACAACCGCGGCAGUCUCUCGCCCGCAGUCGUGGAGUACAUCUCAGACAGAGACGUCGUCUUCGUUAGCGCGGGAGACUCGCACAGCGCAUGCAUCGACCGACGCGGCGUGCUGUACACGUGGGGAAAUGGAGGCUUCGGGCGCCUCGGCCAUGGAGACGAAGGCGAGAUCCCCGUCCCACGGAAAGUCGAGGGUUUCGGCGGCCUGCCCGUGCUGCAGGUGGCGUGCGGCACGUUCCACACUCUGGCGCUGACGCACAAAGGGACGGUGUUCGCUUGGGGCGCCGGCCUGCCCCUGGGCUUGGGCGAAGGCGAAGAUGGCGGCGGCGGAAUCGUCACCGCCCCGCGGCACCUGAACGACAUCGAGCCUGCCGUCCUCAGCGUCGCCGCGGGCCCGUACCACUCCGCUGCAGUCACCGUCGCCGGCGACCUCCUCGUCUGGGGCGUCGGGGGCUCUUCGCGUCUUGGCCACGGAGACCAGCAGAACCAGCCUUUUCCCAAGUUCGUCGCCGACCUGCGGAACCGCAUGUACGUCGCGGACCUGCAGGCGAUGCUGGGGAUUCGCAAGCUGAAGCGCGACUAUUCAGACAUCGACUUUUUGGAGGAGACGGGCGCGGCCGGGCGGAACUCGGCGGCGUGGACUCUGCAAACAAUUGCGUGCGGCGACAGCCACACGGUCGCGCUCACGGGCACCGGCGCAGUCUGGGUCUGGGGCUCCAACGAGGAGGGACAGCUCGGCCUCGGCGAAGGCGUUGAAGAGGACCAAUACGAGCCUGUCCAGCUGGAGUGCUUCAGCACGCCGAUUCGGCGCGUGGCUUGCGGCGCCAAGCACUGCCUCGCCAUUGCCCAGUACGGAGACGUCUUUGCCUGGGGAGCCAACGAGGAAGGGCAACUCGGGCUCGGCGUGGUGCGGCCUUCGUUCGAGCCCGCGGCGGUAACGGCAAUCCGCCAGGCGAUUGAAGUUUACUGCGGCGAAGACUACAGCGCCUGCAUCACGCGGAGCGGCGGAGCCCAAGGAGGCGCGGCUGGCGUCGAGUUCGGAAUAGAGUUUGGCGAUCUGUGGACCUGGGGCUCCGCGGAGAGCGGGAAGCUCGGCCUCGGCGAGGACAUUGCCUCGGGCGCGAUCCUCACGCCACAAAAGGUCCCGUUCUCCGUCCCCGUAUGCCACUGCGCUCUCGGAACGAGUCACGGACUCGCCAUUUCAGCCCAGGGUGAAUGCUACGCCUGGGGGGCGGGCUACUACGGGCGCCUCGGCAUUGGAAGCACUGCGAACGCCUACGCGCCAACCAAAUGCGAUUUCCCCAAGGGUGUCCGCUUGCGGGCAGUUGCAGCGGGCGCGUAUCACUCGAUGGCGAUUUCGAUGGACGGGGACCUCUGGAUUUGGGGGCGGAAAGACGAGACGUGCAGCACGAAGAAUUACACUUCACCGAGGAUCUUCAUGCAGCUCGAGAGUCCCUCGGGCGUGCCGAAGGUCAAGAGCAUCGCCGUGUCGCAAAACCAUAGCCUGGCUGUCACAGAAACCGGCGAGGUCUUCGCCUGGGGCAACAACGAGCUGUAUCAGACUGGCUGCGGAAAGAAACAAGCAGAGCAUUUCGAUCGCCCCGAGAUGGUCCUAGGCCUGCCGAACGCUUGCCAGUGGGUCGCAACGGGCCCUCAGGCCUCGUUCUUUGUCCUCGAGUCGGGAGAAGUCUUCGCCGCGGGCGCGACAAAGGGCGGGCGACUCGGGAUCGGCUGGGUGAAGCGCAGCCACCAGCAGUCGCCUGCGGCAGUCAUCACGCACUGGGCCGCCUUGGGCGACCUCGCUGCGCAGGCCGCGGAGGCGAACGUCGUCGAGGAGGAAGACGAGAUCGUCCGGGCGACGCGCACCGCGGGCGAGGAGCUCGCCAGCGCGAACCAGGAGCUGUCUGAGAGGACGAUUCAGGCCUUUCUGUCGCGCCUCACAUUCGCGAGCUUCGAGGCCGCGACGGAGGGCGCGAGCAGCGUGAGCUGGAAAGACAUGCAGGAGCUCCUUCAGCAAGAAGAGUUCGACAACCGCGUGGAGCAGAUUGGUCAGCUUGAAGACGACGUGAUUGUCGUUCUUGGCCGAGAGCUCGACUUCGUUCUGAGCCUUGCCGAAAAGGAACGGGGGCUCGAGCGACUCGAAGCCACGUUUCAAAACCAGACUCUCGCCGUCGUGAGUAAAGUGGGAUUCGACUACCCCAGGCUGGAAAUGAAGCGCGCGCUGACGGCGAUCCUGUCGAAGCUCGAGGAGUUUCAGAUGAUGAUAUGGACGCUGCAGCAGCAGCCGGCGUACCUCCUCCGGCUCUUCGGCGCGAUCAAUCGGCCGUGGCAGCUCGAAGCCGUCGCAGAGAUCGCCGAGAAGAUUUACUACGAAGUCGAAGACGAACGCGUGAAGCACCUCUUCGCCGCCCUGAUGCGCGGCCUCGCGAAGCAGGAGGCGGAGCGAGCCGGGACGCUCUUCGCCUGCUUUGAUCCAGAAACUUCGGCGCUCGUUCGCCUUCUGCGAGCCUUCUGCUUGCGCGACUUGAAUCUGCUGCACAUCUCCCACUUUCUUCUUCAAACCGAGAACGCGAGCUCGCUUCCGUCCUUCUUAGGCACUGUUGAGAAAGUCACUUUCUCGCUGUCGCCGGAGGAAGCCAUGACGCGAAAAGGCAUCUCUCCGGGGGCGUCGAUGUCGAAGGCGACGAAGAACGAGCUUCGGCGGGAGUUCCACGGCGGGCUCGACACGCUGAAGGCCUUUCUGGUGUCGGGCCUCGCGCGCGGGCUGUGUAGCGUGCCGCUGCCGCCGGUGGUGCGGGCGGUGCUGCAGUACGCAACGCAGAAUGUGUACGAUCGCGGCUUCCUGGUUGACUACGAGUGGCUGAAGUACGGCAUGGACUUCUGCUACUGCCUCCCCAGCGUUAAGCUCCUGCUCCACGCGCUGGUCAUCCCCGUCUUCCAGGCGCCCAACGCCUACGCGAACCGCUGCGGCUGCGCGUCGAUGGCCCCCCACGUCGUGGAGAAGUUUCAAACCUGCGCCCGGUUCCUCGAGUUCUGCUCGCGGCCGCCGGGGACGAAUGAAGGCGAAGAGACCAUGUCGAGCGCCAUGUUGAUUCGCGCAAUCGGCAUGGAGUGCUGGGCUGCACUGGGGGACGCGGUUCGCUACCAAGCAGAGAUUCGAGACACUCUUGACGUCGACUUGACGCUUGAUCUUUUCAUGGCACCAUACGACAUGACCGAGCACUUUGUUACUCUGCGCGCGGAAAUGCUAUGCACGGCGACAAAUCUGUGCAAGAAAUUCGAGCCGCAGCUCAAUAUGUCUGCCCACGACCCGAUUGCCGCUCUGGUGCGAAAAAUCGCAGACGGGCGCAACCCGCCCUUCGAUGAGAAGCAACUCGCUUACUGCAGAGAAUCUCAAACUUGGCAUACGUUUCGGAUGAACCACAGAUUCUUGAUCACAGAGAAAAACAUCGUUUUCGAUCCGCUCACGCACGCCCCCGUCCCGCAGCUCUUUGCUUUGCGUCAGCACGCACCCGUCAAGGAAAACCACAGGCUGCUGUCUGUGAUCAUUCGGUACACGCCGCCGGAGGCGUACGACCCGCGGUUCAUUCUUCAGGAGUGUGUGCGGAAGUUGCCGCCGGUGCUCACGGCGCGCGACUGGCGGAAGCUCCACGAAGAGCUUGAGGCGCUCGCCGCGCACUUUGCCUCGUGCGACCCGCCGGACUACGAUCGCUGCAAACUAACUGAACAGGCGACGCGCGUCAUCGACGACAUGUGGCAGAGCAAAGUCGACCAGAUCUCCGUCAUGCACUGGAUCGCGCAGGGCAUACUCGAGCGAAAAAUCCACCGAAGCUACAUCCGCCACGUGCUGCGGAGGCAAGACGAGCUGUCGGCGAUGAAGCGCAAGUACGAAGCUUCUCUGAAGAAGCGCAUGGAGGACAUGAAAGUCGCCAUUGACGCAAUUGAGACGCUCCAGUACCCUGGCCCAAUCCGGACGCAGGCGAAGAAAAUGCGCGUGCAACUGUGGUUCGAUACGAUCCGCGACUCAAUGAAGAAGGGCGGCGCCAAGACCACCGGAGGCAGGGACUACUGUCCCUCGUCGACCUUCAAAUACGCCGUCCUCGUGAACCGCGAUAUCAUUACGCGGUUGUCACCGACUGUCACGGAGGACGUGCUGGUGAAUCUAUACGUGACUUUCACGCUGCAGAAGGACAAUUCUUGGCAUGUGAUUUUCACGCACCGCGUCAGCAAGGGGGCUGAGCAGCGCGUCGCGGACUUUGUCAUUCCGAAGGAAGAGCUCAUGCACAUCCGCAGACUGCCGCCGCAGGCGACGCACGCGUUCCUAAAGUCGGGAUCUGACCCCAACGGCUUCGUCGAGUUCAACGUCCUCGCGCUUCUCCAAGCUCUCGACGAGAUCGGUGGACAAGAGUGGUAG